GAGAGAUCUCGCGAGGGGGGGUCGACAGCUCUGUUGUAGCCCCGGGCCAAAAGAUGAGAGCACACAUUUCCUAUAUAGCAGCUCAGAAUAGAGGCAAACUACCGCCCUGCUGUAAGGCUUACGAACAAAACGUAUGUGUUUUGCGUUUUCAUAUGCGCGUUCACGCAACCGCGCGAGUGAAGCACAGGUGCUGAUGGGAGACGAAACUGGAAUAAAAGACGAUCAUCGUAAACAUCACAAUGGACUCUGACUUUACAGCAUCACUGUAAUAUCAAUGAUUGUGCUUUUAAAAUCAUUGCCUUGCUAUAAAGAUGCUUUAUGAAGCUGGAUAUCGCCAUGCGGCCGUAAACAGCACGCGAACGCUAUACAUCUCGAUCCUAGAAUAGGAAUGCAAUAAAACUUUCGGACGAUAGUUUGUGUUGGUAGUAAAAAGUCUCAGUCGACGUUGUGAUAUUGGAUUCUUUUCUUACAUUUCUGGGUUGUUUUAGUAACUUUAACUUUACUGUUUCAUAAUUUGAUAUAUUGUGUAACGUAGGUGUAAUGUGGCUUGUUUAAUAAGCAUUUAAAGUUGACGUUGAACUCGUCAGUCUGAAGCUCCUCAUCUCUUGACAUUGACCCCAUGGGUAGACUCGGCUGAUUUCAUCUAACAGGUCUCUGUAUAUUUGGUCCAUCCAUGAUUCUGCUAUUUGCUGAUGGAACAGAAGAUUCUCAGUAAGUCUCCCAUGGUGUCCAGACUACCAAAAUUCGGUGCCCGCCCAGUCAAUGGCACCCCCUCACCCCUUCCCAAUGGGACAACCCAGACUGCACCCGUACAGGAAGUCAAAAGUCCCCCUGCUAAGCCAAAUGGAUUGAUCAGAGCCUCUUCCUUUUCUAUGAAAUGGAGAAAGGAGAGUGGUGGGACAGUGGACCCUACAAGCCCUGAUGAGAGUCGUCCGCCCGAGGAGAAGAGAGACAUCCGUUCCCUGCAUUCUCCAGCAAACAGGGAGUUAAAAAGCCCUUCUGUUUGCUCAACCAAAAUACACGGGUCUGCCUCCUCUUUUUCAACUGGAAGCCCCAAACCUGUACCCAAGUCAAUUCCAAGUCCUAAACCAAAGCCCCAAAACUCUCGGAUCACAACAACCGCCAACACUCUGGACUUAACCCAAAAAAACUCAUGCUCCAAGCCAACUCAAAAUGGAACAUUUCCUGUGGGGUCAGCCCCUGGGCGGAUGGUUUCUUCAGGACUCCAGCGACCCAGAGCACACUCUGGAUCUCAUGGAAGUAGCUCCAGGGAUAGCCUGUCCCAUUCCAAUGACAGCCUGUCACGGCAGUCUAUCGUGCCUGACUAUAUGGUGCGUUCUCAAAGCUUCACUCAUUUUAAGCAGCUACCCUCACCAACCAAUGCACCCAUGAUACGGUCCUUCUCUUUCAACAAGGCUGUGGAGUUAGCAAAACCGCUGGCUAAUACACAGCUACGCCCUCCACGAACGUUUGGUCUCAAAUCUCCCCAAAGCCUUGGCAAAGGCCGACUGGCACUCGGUUUAGGGGGGUUGCGGUUUAGAAAGGGGCUUUCAGACCAACUCCCAGCUGCUGCUACUUCGCCAGACAGCUUUACACCCCCUAAUGUCAUAAAAAGACCUCUUCUACCCAACUCUGUGUUGACAAAGCCCUCAUUACAGGCUUGCAGGCUUAAUCGACCAGUUGCUGCCAAAUCACAGUGCCCUCUAGUGGUUGGGAGGACACUUGUAGUGAAUGACGUUAUAACCCCUCCACUUACCCCAGAGCCGCCCCACUGUGCCAUGAAGAGUGCAUCAGCUCAUGCAGAUUCCCCAGAGGAGGUCUUGACCGAGCAGGGGCUGGAUGGGAACCUCCGAUGCAAAGGGGAGGGCCCAGAGGACAUGUCUCUCUCCUCUGCAUCCUCUCUGGAGAGGAACGACACCAGUGAGGAGUUCCUUGAUGACUUUGACGACCUAGGGGACCAAUCACAGAAUGGGAUCUCGCAUAACAAAAGUCUUGGGGCCACAUCCACCCAGACACGCCUUCAGAACUUCUUAAAUGAGACCAUGGAAUGGACUGGGAUUGGUCUGGGAGGUGGUAAGGCAGAUCUCAGGGCUGGACCACCUCAUGGGCCGUCACUCACAUCCCCUGAUGUAGAUUGUCUUGCAGCUUCUUCUCUGGAGCUGUCACCCUCGAACAGCUCCGGGGGAACGUACAUGUGGGAUGAGGAGGGAAUGGAACCGCUGGGACACAACACGCACAUGCACCGUUGCAGCAGCUAUGAGUCAGACCUCAACAGCAUUGACAUUCUCAACAACUUAGAUUACACUGGGUCAUGUGACCUGGAGGAAGAUGACCUCAUGCUUGAUGUGGAUCUGCCAGAAGACGGGGCAUUGCACAGUGAUGGAAUGGCCCACUCUGAGCGCUCUGAGAGGGGGGGCCGGCCGGCUCACUGGAGGAGGAGACAGCAGAGAUGGAGUGGAAUGGAUCAUGCUCAAAAUGACAACAGACUGUCUGGGUUGCAUUACGACGGCUGUCGAACGGUCCACCGGCCUCUGAAUCCCUCGAUUCAUCGUGACGGCCACGCGGCGGCGCUGGACGAGCUCGUUCUCAAACACAUGGCUGAUGACUGCACCUCUGUCAAAUCACAGCUGCUAAAACUUCACAGUCUUCUGCAGAUGGAUGACGGUGAGAUAACGCCGGAGAUUCUGGACACCAGCGAAGAUGACCGUAAAGCCCAGCAGAUGGAGGAGAUGAUGAAGGAGGUGGCGUAUCUCAGGGAAGAGCUGAAAAAGAAAGAUAAAAUCAUCACUCAGCUCACACACCAACAGCAACAGGAAUCUUCGGUGAGAUGUCAGUGUCUUCAUCAAAAGUGUGGGGUCAAAGGUGAGAGAAGAAAACAUCACGAUAAAUCCACUCAGACGGCGUGGCGGCCGCCCCAUCAUCACCACGCUCCUCAAAUACUUCAGCCCAUCAGCCACAUCCCCAACGACUCCCUCAUCCAGGGAAGAGUAGCAAGAACAGCCCCCACCGGGGACCGCAGUGAUGCCUGCACUCCAGGGGAGAGGUCUCCCGCCUCCCGUUUUCCCGCCCCCUGUACUACUGUAGUUCCUUCUCCUGCUCCCAGAACGGCUGGAGUCCCUCACAAGCAGUCGAGAUCUCUUCCUGACCCGGAGGAGCUGAGCCAGUUGCUUAGCACCCACCUUCGCAUCCAAGACAACCUUGAGAGUGACUCACAGCAGAACGGAGAACAUAUUGUAAAACCAACCCCACAUAACCAACACAACAAAGUCCAGCGUACGGCCCUGACUUUCUUUAGCCCUCGUGUCCUGCAGGGUCCUCGCCUGCACAGGCGGUUCACUCUCUCUGCUCUGCCUCAAGGGGGCAGUACAGAGGCAAACCCAAAGCUUGCACCCAAUGCAAUGAAUGCGAAGCAGCUCCCUCCUCCGACCAGAGGUUUACCAUGCGUCAGUUCAGGGAAUCGAGAUAGGUCUCUGGGCGUGUUGUCCCAGCCUGGGCCACCAGUGGUUAGAAGAGAGACUGUCCCCAACCUAGGGGGUGGUAGUGAGGCAAAGCCUGGAUCCACGUUGAACCACAGUGCCAAGCCGCUUCCUCCUCCAUACAGAGGUUUACAGUGUGUCGGUUCAGCUCACAAUGAGACUCUGGGUGUGCUGUCCUAUGUUAAAAAAAGAGACCCCCAAUGAAGGAAACUAGGCUUCAGUUCUGCUCGGUGUCUCUGCAAGACUUGCAAAGCCAAAGAUCCACAGAGCGUAAGCUGCAGCCACAGACACAGAUCAGGCUACCUCCCUAAAUGCAUGCACACAGAUGCUGCUUGCACUAGACAGUGUUUUUUAGUGGCUAGGCUCACAGGACAAUAAUAAAUAGAUUGUCUAAGCUAAACGAAGCAACUAAGCUAUGCAUCUAACUAUGCAACAAAGCCGUGUCACAAUCAGUGCUUCUAUCGCACACAGUUGAUCUUUUAGCCAGUGUCCUUAUGUUAAGCUGAGGUCAUUGAUCAUCUGUCAUUCCAUAACCCCUGAGUAACCUUUGCCACUCACGGUAACUUCAUACUGUACGUUUUUUUGAUCCUCUGUUACUCCCAAUGAAAAGAUUGGAGAAGAAUAUGACAGACUGCAUAUAAUACAGUAGACUUUAUUUUUCUUCAUAUUUAAACAAAUUGUAGGUGACAUGAGUACAGUGCUAUGCUGCCUGUGAAGCUCAUUUGAGACCCUCCGUGUCUUGAUAUUUUCCCCAGCGGCAUGUCCUGUGGACACCUGCGGGGAUUUGGCUCUCACGUUUAGUGGGUGUUUGUGACAUUUACAUCACCAAGCUCCCCACGUCAUCGCCUAGAAAACAUAUUAUUGUUUGUGUCCGGGAGCUUUUUUGAAGGAUGAAUAGACUCAGUCUAUCACGUCAAUCAAUUCACGCCUGUUCUUUCGGUACCCCAGAAAAAUCCGCCAGCUUUCGGGUCGUUUUUUUUCACUGUGGUUUGAGUCAUUGUGGUUUUAAUUAGACCCAUGCCUCCUGUAUUGAUGAAGUUUUUUUUCUUUAUUAUGAAUUGUGCUUGAGGCAGAAACUUGCAUUUUUCCCUAUUGCGUACGUACUGUAAUAAUGCUUCUUAAUUAUUUAAACAUUAUAAAGAUGUUUACGGUUCAAAUGCCUUCAUUAAGCUGCUCCUUUUGCUCCAAUACUGCAGGAUGCAUUUACUGUAAGAAAGAUUUUGUGGCCUGUUUUGGGGACAAGCCUGGAAAUAUUUAUGCUAAGAAAAUUGAAGGCACAAAAGAGUACAAACAUGAGCAAAUUCUCAGGUUUUGGUAUUUUGAGUUGACCACAGAUGCCAAACGGUAAAUGUUUGGCUUUGCAAGCAGUAAAUUAUAUUUAUUGAUGUUGACGGAUAAGUGUCAGGGGAAAAUUGAAUUAAUGGUGUAGUUUUGAGACUAAUUGGACAGUUUGAACGGUGCCAAAAAGGUAUAAAUACUUGGCUGCUGACCACAGUAGGCGUAUUUCAGUGUGAGAAACAUUUUCUAUAUACUAUUUGUUUUACUUGAUCUGGGAUGGAUGGAUGUUGGUCUUGGUUUCACUAAAGAAAGGUUUUCUGUUCCCAAAAUCAUGUCAGAUUUCAGAAAUAUAUCAGCGAGUUAUUCUCAUGAAGCGGAUGGUCAGUACUUUAAGGGUUUGUGCUCGCUGCAUGUCUUCACAGACUUCGUAUAACAUCUUGUUCUGUAAUCACACUACAAUGCAGAAAUAUACAGCAAGAUCAUUUGCAUGGAAAAACAUGUACAUCUCUACUAAUCCACACAAUUAUUUUAAACAUAGCAAGAGCCCACGCCUGUGUGUUUGCAUACUGCAGCCAUAGUGUGUGCAGAUGUGUCAAUAUACAGUAUAACUCUGACAUAUAUAGUUUAACAGAUACUUUACUCUCGACGUGUGAAAUAACAUCACACCAUGGACAUUUAAUCUAUAGCGAAAUUGAUUUACUGCCAUUUUCCCACAAUGCACAGGACUCUGAGUGCUGAAACACACCUUGCAUGGGCCACAUACUUCAAGACACCCAAAGCCGAGAUGGGCAGCCAUGUCUAAAUCCACCUAAAGAAAAUCAAUGAAACAAGGAUAUUUGUGUGUGCGCUUCUCUCUCACACCUCUGUGGUUAUACUAAGCAGAAAAUCAAUGCAGAGCUUGUUUUGUAAUGCUCUCGAGAUGGUUUGUUUGUGUUUUUAUCUUUUUCUGUAUCUGUGCCCUGCAUGUGCAAGAGUAGAGGUCCUGCGUAAUGCAGUGUGGUCUGGCUAAUGGAAAGUUGCAGAUGUACAUCGAUUCCGUCUGCUGCGGUCAGAGGGGUGAAUGGCUCAUGUCAAUGAAGUGUCUGCUCACAGCUAGUCUGAUCUGUCUUCUUUGCCUAUUAACGCGACACACCUGUAAAUGGCUUGAACAGACAUCUCAUAAUUAAAUACUGAGCUAGAGAUUUUUGAGACAUGACAAGAUUGCUAGGAACUGUGUAACGGUGUUACAAGAUAGAUAUGUUCUAAAUGUAAAGUAUGUUAUGCAUACGUUUUUUGCACUUUUAUGUUCAAAUAUAAUGACAGAAACUGAAAUGCUGAUAUUUUUAACACAUUACUGCUCAGUUGCAGUUCAGCACGAGUACAGUUACCUGCACGAAGAAGACAUCAUUAAAUAAAAAGAAUAUACUUUAGAUCCCCAAAUCGCAAAAAGAAAUAUGCUCAUACAUACUGUUGUGUAAUACACUCAUGUCUUGCAGCCCGUGUCUAUGCCUUCCUAUGGAUUCUUAUUACAAAAAAUCUUUUUAGAGCAUAAAAUAAAAAGCCCUAUUUUUCUAUCCAUAUACUUGUCACGUUGUGUUGCUCACCUGUUGUUACCAAGUGUGAGAAUGCAACCUUACACGUUUGUGUAGACACAAUGUUUACCAACAGAGGAAAGAAUUUAAGCACUUUAAAUGACCUGUUUCAACCUCCAAUAUGAGAGAUUGUUGUCUUUUUUGACCAGGGCAGAUGCAGUUUUUUGUCAUUUUAUUGCGUUUAAAUUUCUUUUUAUUUCACUAUUUAUGUUUCGAUGCUCUGUCCUAGUGUGCUGUUCCAGUGAAGGUGUGUGUGACUUUAAUAAAGUUC